AUGACAGUACAAAUGCGUCGUCGAUGCCGUCGUUAUUGUUUAGGCCGCGCCGCUAUUUAUCUUCUGAUAUUAUUUGCCACAAGUUCAACUGUUAUAUGUUCAUAUCAUUUUUAUAUAAGCGUUUUCUCUGAACAACUAAAUGAAAGAUCUCAAAUAUUUAUUAUCGACGAAAAAGAUCUUGAAGAUGCACGAAUAAAACCAACUAAAAACAUCAAAUUACUGCAUGAAGAUUAUUUUAAUACAACGAAUCUUGCGUGUCCAUAUCCGAAAUUAACCAUUGAUAAUUCAGAAAUAUGGAAAUAUUUAGAUCCAGUAAAAAAAUCACAGCCCGAUUGUGAAAAAUCAACAAAUUGGGUUUAUAUUGAUAAUGGUACUUUUCGAUUAUCUGCACAAGCUCUACAAAAACAUGGACCAAUUGUAUGUGCCUAUCGUCCUAUUCUCCGUUCGAAAGAUGAUUUUUCUACUAUGGAAGGUGCUCGUUUGUUUCCUGUGUUUGAUAAAAUGCCUCUAGUAUCAGAUUUUUUUCGUGCCGAUUGUCGAGCACGCGAUGGAAGUUUCUAUUCGAAUAUACACUCAGGCAUUAUGUUUGAUGCUGGUUUACAUAUGAGACAUAUAUGGAAUCCUAUGGUGAAAAAUCAUAUCGGUUAUAAUGUUUUAAUGUUUGGCUUUGAUUCUGUGUCGCGAAUGACAUUUAUGCGUUUUUUACCAAAAACGUUUUCUUAUUUUAUUAAAGAACUAGGCGGAGUCAUUUUAAAAGGUUAUAAUAUUGUUGGCGAUGGUACACCAGCAGCACUUCUACCAAUUUUAACGGGUCAAACAGAACAAGAAUUACCCGAAGCUCGACGUGGACAUGAAGGUGCAGAAACAGUUGAUCGAUUUCCUUGGAUUUGGAAGAAAUUUAAAGACAAUGGUUACAUAACACAAUGGGCUGAAGAUUUACAAGCUGUUGGUACAUUUCAAAUGCGUUUAAAAGGUUUUAAUGAACCGCCUGUUGACCAUUAUGGUCGUCCAUUUUAUCUCGUUGCUGAAUCGAUGCGUACAUCUAAACCCUAUUGUUUUGGUUCUAUAACAAGAUUUCAAGCGAUGUUGAAUUGGAUACGCGAUCUAUUUCAAAUGUAUCCGGGUCAACCAAAAUUUUCCUUUGUUUUUCAUGCUCAAUAUUCUCAUGAUUCAAAUAACGCAUUACCCUAUGCUGAUGAUGAAUUAGUUGAAUUUUUAAAAUUAAUGAAUGAACGUGGCUAUUUUGAUAAUACAAUGUUUAUUUUAAUGACUGAUCAUGGUGCUCGAUUUUCAUCAUUGCGAAACACGUAUCAAGGUAAAUUAGAAGAACGUUUACCGUUUGUUUCAAUGCGUAUGCCAAAACAAUUUCAAGAAAAAUAUCCACAUUUAAUGCAUAAUUUACGUUUAAACUCUCAUCGUUUAACAACGCCAUUUGAUUUACAUGAAACAUUUCAACAUUUAUUUGAAUUUCAUUCGCCCGAUGCAUAUCAAUCGAAAACCAAUCGUUCCUAUAGUCUCUUUCAAUUAAUACCUGAAAACCGUACUUGCUUACAAGCUGAUGUCGAACAACACUGGUGUUCUUGUUUAGAUUGGAAUAAUAUAUCGAUUCAUGAACCAAUUAUAAAAGAAUUCGGACAACAAGCUAUUAAAUUUCUCAAUUAUUUUUUAUCCGAUGCAAAAAAUCAAUGUGCUAAAUUAAAUCUACACCGUAUACAUAGAGCCAAUCAAUUGAAAACAAAUGAAAAUUUAUUAAAAUUUAUUGAUUCAAGUGAUAAAGAUGGCCGUGUACCUCGUUUUCGAAAUAAUUCAUUAGCAAAUAGUUUAUUUAAAAAUCUAACAUUAAAUCAAACAAAAUAUUACCAAAUACAAUUCGAAACUAUUCCUGGUCAUGCUCUAUUUGAAUUAACUGCCGAAUAUAAUCCAUUAAGUGAUAAAUUUCUAAUACGUAAAAAACGUUUAAGCCGAAUGAAUAAAUAUGGAAAAACAUCAGCUUGUAUUGCACAUAAGCGCCCUGAAUUUCGCGAAAUUUGUUAUUGUUCAAAUUUGUUGAAUAACACACGCAAAUUUGACACUGUUCUUGUUGAUGCUGUGAUAAAAAAUGAAAAAAAAAUAAUAAAAAAAAAAAAAACUGGUGCAAAUAGCAGCAGUCUUCAUCGUUAA